AUGUCGCUCGCAGCCUUCGAUGGCCUCAAGGCCGCAAUCGAGCGCAUCAUCCUCGACCCCAAGUACCACGACAUCCUCGCCGUCGUCAAGGGCGCCCGCAAUGGUGCCGUCUACGGUGCAAAAGUCCGCUUUCCUCAUGCCCUUGUCAUGAUAUUCCUCUUCCGUUCGGGAACACUACGCCAAAAAGCAGGCCUCGUCUUCCGAGCGACUCGAACCCACGCCCGCAACCUCGCAAAGUUCGCGACAAUCUACAAGCUCACAAUGUACCUCCUCAAAAACUACGGCCCCAGCCCGGGCAAGGAAGGCCCCUACGACUCCUUCUUCGCCGGCCUGCUGGGCGGCUACAUCGUCUUUGGCGGCCGCUCCCCCCGCAGCGGCAAGAUCUCGAGCGUGAACCAGCAGAUUGUCAUCUACGUCUUUGCGCGCGUCGUCCUGGCGCUCGCCCGCCUCGCCGUCGCCCCCGGUAAAGGGCUACCCGUCGUCAGCCGCGAGGACGUGUCCACAAAAAUUAGCUAUUACGCGUGGCCCGUCUUUGCCAGCACGAGUUGGGCCUUGGUCAUGUACCUGUUCCGCUGGCAGCCGCAGGAGCUGCAGCCCAGCUUGCGCAGUAGCAUGACGUAUAUUUAUCAGCAGAGUAGCGAGUGGGACUCACUGCGGAACUUCAUCUGGCACAAUAAAUAG